AUGCAUCUUUGUAAUGGCCUAGAAUAUUCAGAAAAUCUCUUCCAUUCCCACAAGAAAAGAUUGAAACAUGCAGAUGAAGACGGGGCAAGACCUCCAAUUGAUUUGACGUCUUCACCGAAGACGUUCAAGUGGAAUGAAAUGUUUCCAUAUGGUUUUAUUUGUGGGCACUCAAGACAAGUUUACAAAUUGGAAACAAGAAGUGGAAGUAGGGAAGAAAUAGUAAUGAUGAUGUACAACCACAUUUCUGAACUAUUCCAAAAAUGUCCAAGCUUGAGAUUUGGUGCUCGUAUUAGUGCACCGAAUAUGAGUUAUUAUAUUCCGAUUCCUUCUCUAAGCAUUGCUACAUUCAAAGAUGUGUCAGCAAAUGAUCUCACCACUUUCAUGAGCAAUCAUCUUGACCUGAAACUAUUGGUUCUUGAGAAGGAACAUCUUAGAGAAAUUCCUGAUAUCAUCAACUUCCGGAAUUUGCGUGUCAUGUGCUUCCAGGAGAAUGUGUCAGCAAAUGAUCUCACCACUUUCAUGAGCAAUCAUCUUGACCUUAAACUAUUGGUUCUUGAGGAGAAUCCAUUUGGAGAAGUACCUGGUAUCAUCAUCCGGAAUUUGCGUGUCAUUUGCUUCAAACAGAACUUCUUGGGCUACAUUUCCCAAUUUGAAGGAGUUAAUGCGUAUUUUUGUGGUCCCACCGGAGCGUAUCAUAUUCGGAAAUUUGUUCAUGGAUGGUUGAAUGGAGCAUACUCUGACAAUUUGAACUUAAUUCAUAUUGAACAAGAAGAUGGAGAACGAUUUAGACCAGGUCUUUUGGAAAAUCAUAGACAAAACCAAUGGGAUUUGAACAGAAUGCCGCUGGAAUACCAAUUGGAUGAGGCAGACAAAUACUAUACAGAAUUCCCUGGACCUUUUAAAAUGGAGAAUGCCGUUUAUGUACAAAGAGAAUCCGAUGGGAAAGUUCUAUCACUUCAAAACACUUCGAGAAUUUUUCUUGGAUGUGUUUGGAAUCAGGAAGAUGUGUUCAGAGAAUAA